GGAGCACGACACGUUCGUUUCGGGUGGUGUUGUUUCAUUUGCAGUUGAAUUCAAUGUAUAAUCGACGGUGCGCGGUAACAUUCCCAAUUCAGACGUCGAAACAGAGUGUUGUGUAGUUGUUCAAAAUUGUUAUAUAUCAAGUUGGUUUGGUGGUUUAAAUUUUCAUUCGGAUAUCAGAGCAAACAGAAGAUUCAAACGAAACGAAAGAAAUGAAUGGUAAAAUGGGAAAAACUGAACAGCCACGCAUUAUGUUCACGCAACUACAGGGAUUUCAAGCAAUCGACGAACAGGGCAAAGUUAAAACCAUACUAUUUUUAAAUGCAGCCCGUGAAAUUGUAAGCAUUAUCGAGAGCUUUGGCAAGCUUUUCAAACCUGUUGUUUAUGAUAUGAAUGGAAAUAUCGAUAAACUAUUUAAAAUUUACGUACAAAAUGAAAUUGACUAUAUGUUUCUGGACGAUAUGCUCAAAUCCAAUGAAGACAAAGUACAAAUUUGUGCCAGAGAUGCAUUGACAUGGCUUAAAAGAGCGCUCGAAAUGAUCGAAAAAUUCUUUUCAUACGUUGUCGCAGAUAAAAAUUGCGAAGAAAAUCUGAAAAAGCAUAUUGAAGCUGCUUAUGCAGUGACUCUAAAGCAAUACCAUAGCUGGCUCAUCCAAAAAUCUUUUUCGCUCAUCUACACUGUGUUACCAAAUCGCUCGCAAUUGAUUGGCACCGGUGACGUUCAUCGCGAGAAUGUGCAAGCACUGGACCAGUUCUUGGAAUCAAUGCGAGUUCACUUGUCCGAAGUCAAUUUGAUGAUUUGCAAUUAGUUCUAAUCUCACGAUAUCGACGAUCCAUUGUGCGAAUGUUUUUCAUUUCAGAUAAUUUUAUUUUUGUUACCAUGAUUAAUUUUAUUUAUGUGUGAUUGUCUAUCGAUUUUUAUUACUUUGCUCGAUUAACAUUAGAAUAUGGAAUUGUUGUGCCUUUAAACGGGUCAUGCGUCGCAUUGAAAUGUAGCCAAUAACGAUUUCAAAGAAUAUCAAAGCUGCGACCAACAGCUGCAAAUAGAUCUGAAGCCAAAACACUUUCGCUUUAUGCACGAUAUAGAAAAAGAAAAUUGCAAUUGGUUGCUGUAUGAAUAGCGAUAGAAUUAAGAAUCCAGCAAAAUCGGCAAUCUGUUAAAGAAUGUAAUGUGUUUGAAAAUAAAUGAAUAUCACAACAAAUUGAAA